UUUGACGUUUACGAAAUAUUUCAACCAGUUGUCACAUUCGGCACAUGAACUGUGGCAGUCAUCGAUUUGUAAACACGACACGGGUGAAACAAGUUCGGUUACGGAUAAUCAUCGAAGCAUGAUUACUUUAGCAAUUUUUAAACCACACUGCCUCAAAAAUCCUAUCGCUUAUGAAACAAUACAGCAGAUGCUGACCGCUAGCGGAUUGAAGAUAAUUGCAAGGAAACGGAUUAGUCUUUCUCGGCCAGAAGCUGAAAAGUUUUAUGAAGAACAUAAGAACAAAUUCUUCUUUCGCCGGCUUGUAUCACUAAUGACCAGUGGGCCCUCGGAAGUCGUGUUACUUUCCGGAAAUGAUGCAAUUCAGCAGUGGCGCAAUUUGAUGGGUCCUACGAAGGUUCUAAAGUCGGUAUAUUUACAACCAGAAUGUAUCCGCAGCCGCUUCGGUCUGUCGGAUACAAGAAACGCUACUCAUGGCUCGGAUUCCGAACAAUCAGUAAUCGCAGAGAAAAGCUUCUUCUUCGGUGACCGCAGCGACUAGAAAUUCUUCGGCUUGGAAGUCGGCAAUGGAAAUAAACCAACCAACAUCCAACCUCGGAUGUUACCCAAUAGUUGUGUACAAACAAAACAGGCAAUAAACUACAGCAUUUCCAUAACAAGGAAAAUAGAAAGAGCUAGCCAAAGAUUUUAGAUGAUAUAGUGGAAAUAGAUAUUAGAACGACUCAUUUGCUAACAGAAAUACAUACACACAUUGACUGUGUCUGAAUUUAAUGUA